AUGGGAGUUUCAGGAUUGUUACCGGUGUUGAAGUCCAUCCAAGAGCCCACAACAUUGGAGCGUUUUAGAGGAAAAACACUUGCUAUCGAUACCUAUGCUUGGUUACAUAAAGCAUCGUUCACAUGUGCUGAAGACUUAGUCCUCGAGAGACCGACCAGAGCUUACAUUAACUACUUCAAGAAAAAACUUGAUAUGCUGGAACAUUUCAAGAUCACCCCGUAUUUUGUUUUCGAUGGUGACUAUCUUCCAAGUAAGGGAACCACUGAAAAGGAGAGGGAAAGCCGCCGGAUUGAGUACAAGAAGCUCGCCACAGAAGCUAAAAGUGGUGGCAACUUGAAACUUGCAUUUAACUACUAUCAGAAAGCAUGUGAUAUAUCGCCAGAAAUGGCGAAGUCCUUAAUAAAUGAGUUGAAAAUGAAGUAUAUCAAGUACGUUGUUGCACCAUACGAGGCUGAUUCUCAAAUGGUGAUGUUAGAGAAACUCGGUCUAGUGGAUGGCAUUAUUAGUGAAGAUUCCGAUCUAUUGAUUUUUGGGUGUAAGACUUUGAUUACGAAGCUAGACGACAAAGGACAAUGCAUUGAAAUUAGAAGGGAUAAUUUCAAAAAUUGUAAGGGCUCACACAUUAGUACAUUCAACGACGGUCAGUUGUUAUUGAUGGCAGCCAUUAGUGGUUGCGACUAUACGAAAGGAAUACCCGGGAUCGGUAUGCAAAAGGCCAUAUCCUUAGUGAAGUAUUACAAAACUUAUGAAAGAGUCAUUAUGAGUAUUAAAGUUGAAGGUAAAAGUAUACCCGCUACAUUUGAUGAAGAAUAUAAAAGGGCCAAAAUAGCAUUUAGACAUCAGGUUGUCUUUAAUCCUACUGAGCAAAUAGCACAACAUCUAAAUGCGUUGCCAGAGGAAGUCACCAACAUCUAUUCACAGGAAUACAUUCACUCAUGCACAGGUUUUAUUCUCGACCAG